GUUAUAUUGUUUCGCGCGUGUAGAGUAGAGUGAAUCAUGGAGAUUGAAAAUCGAAUUUCCACCAAAAAAAGAUCUGUUACCAAACAAUUUAUUUUAGGUUUAUUAGUCAAUUUCUCCAGCAUAGCGCCUAGCAUGAGCUUGGGCUUUUCCGCCAUAGCUUUGCCAUUUUUGAAAACGACCCUCAAUCCCAGCCAACUGUCUUGGUUUGCAAGUGUGGCAUCUCUGGCGACGCCUUUUGGCUGCUUCUUCGCCGGCCCUUUUGCCGACAAAUAUGGCAGAAAAAAAGCUAUGUUGUUCGUCAAUGGAGUAUCUUUAUUGGGGUGGAUAGUAAUUGGUUCGUUUUGCUACACAAAAAGCGACCGUUUCUGGUUUAUACUACUCGGUAGAAUCUUAACAGGACUGUCGACCGGCCUCUGUAGUUCCCCUGCGACCGUUUACAUGGCAGAAAUAUCCACGCCCGAAUUAAGAGGGAUAUUCACCACGUGGUCGUCGGCGUCGUUUUCGCUCGGCGUCCUCGUAAUAUAUAUUCUAGGAUUCCUGUUUAAGGAGGACCUCGGUACCAUCUGCUUCAUCACGUCAAUUCUACCGUGCAUAGGACUAAUCCUGACGUGCUUCCUCGUCCCGGAAUCACCCAGUUGGCUGGUGGGCAAGAACAGAAUCGAGCAGGCGAAAAUCAGCCUGAGCAGAAUAUUUGACGUCGAAAUCGAGUCGCCUUCGAUCUUCGAAGAAUUGACAGUCCUAUUGGGCAAUAAGGAAACCAAGAAAUAUAUCAUAACCCAGAAGAGGACUUUUGUCCAGAAGUUCGCCAGCAAAAUGCGUUAUCUGUUGCAGCCGCGCUGUUUCCGACCGAUGGGAUUGAUUCUGACGUACUUCAUGUUUCAACAAUUCAGCGGAAUAUUCGUCAUCAUCUUCUACGCUAUAGAUAUAGUCGGUAACGCCGGCAUCACGUUCGAUCCGUUCGCAACUAUAGUUGUAAUAGGCGUAGUGCGUUUGUUCAGCGCCAUCUUGCCCAGUUUUCUGGCCAAGCGGUUUGGAAGAAGACCGUUAUCAAUUUUCUCCGGUGCCGGCAUGACGAUUUGUCUUCUACCGCUGGCCUUGUACAUACACCUCAAACAAUCAGGCACCAUCGUCGGGGGUUCCCUGACGUUCUUACCGCUCGUUUGCCUGCUGUUUUACUUCAUCACCAGCUCCAUCGGGUUCCUGCCGCUGCCGUUCGCUCUCGCGGCGGAGUUAUUCCCGAGCAAAAUCAGAGGAACGGCAGCUGGUUUGUCGUCUGGAGUCGGAUAUUUCUUCAAUUUCGUCGCCGUGAAGGUUUAUCCAGAUAUGUUGGUGUAUUUGGGUAGGGCUGGAACGUUUGGGUUCUACGGAUUCAUGGCGCUGGCUGGCACUGUUUUUGUGAUAUUUUUGCUGCCCGAAACUAAAGGGAAAAGUUUCAGGGAAAUCGAAGAGUAUUUCGGUGGGAAAAACGUAGCGCAACGACAGGAAGAAGGUGAAGAAAGGGCGUUAAAUGAACUCGCUUAAUACCGGCGAAUGUUUGGAAUAGUCCACAAGAGAAUAAAAGUAUGGAGGAAUGAUUAAAGAUGAAAGGUAUCUGUUAUGAAGUCUUUGUACGUAUGAUUUUAAUAAUUCGAAAUUUGUGUUUAAAUUAGGUAAACUUACUGUACUUAGGUAAACAUGUUUAUGGUUUUAUUUUUAUACGAAAAUAACACAUUAAGCGGGUAUACAUAUGUGAUUUAUUUUAAAUUAUGGUUUGGACAUAUUUGAGCGCAAAUCUCGACAAAGCAUAAUGUGGAUUUCUUGAAUGUGUUUGUUAUUCGAAUUUUAAUGUACAGUGAAACAAGUAUAAUAAUGUUGUUUGCUGUAUGAGUGUGAUAGAAGUUGUUCAAGGUUUCCACGUUAUUAGGUAAUUUUGAUAUUAAAUGUACAGGAUGUUCAUAUUUAAGGGGGUGAUUCUUGGACUU